AUGUCAAACUUGAUGAGGGUGUUGGAGAGGCAACAGAAAGAAAGGAAAGAAAUCCGGCGUAAACGUGCUGAAGAAGAUAGGGACGCCGAUGAAGAAGAGGAACAAAUGCUUGCAGCAACGGUGUGUAUGCUUAAUCAAUCAAGGCAACACCGUCGCCGUACCCCGAAUGUGGACAGACGUAGGGAGUCUCGGGGAAUGCAGCCACAUUUGUUCCAAAAAAUCAUGCAUGAUAUUUGUAACUACGACACAUACUUCAUUCAAAAGCAUGAUGUUGUUGGAGUUUUGGGUCUUAUCCCGGAGCAAAAACUUACAGCUGCUUUGCGGAUACUUGCUUAUAAGGCAUCUGCAGAGCAGGUGGAUGAGAUUGUAAGGAUAAGAAAAUCUACUAUCCUAGAGUGUUUGGUGAGAUUAUGUGAUGCAGUGGAAAAUUUAUACACGAGGGAGUACCUUCGCAAACCCAGGCCGAGGGACUUGCAAAGGCUUCUACAAAAAGGCAAGGCGCGAGGUUUCCCAAGAAUGAUUGGAAGCAUCGAUUGCAUGCACUGGCAGUGGAAGAAUUGUCCUGCUGCUUGGUGGACAACAUUCGUGAAAACAAUUCCGAAUCCCCAAUCCGAGAAGGAAAGAAGCUUUGCUUCAUUUCAAGAAGGUUACAGGAAAUACGUGGAAAGGUGUUUCGGUAUCUUGCAAGCUCAUUGGGCAAUUAUUAGGGGUGCUGCUUGGAUGCUAGAUGAGGAGGUGAUGUGGAGUAUUAUGAUGACUUGCAUCAUCCUCCACAACAUGAUUGUGGAGGAUGAGUAUGACUACGAUGCUCCAGAGGUGUUUGAACCCGAUCCCAUGAACACGACAUUGACAAGAAUAUAUGAAAGGCCGAUAGGACCAAAUGGACUACCAAUGGAGCCCGAACUGUUAGUUCGGGAUGGUCGAUUCAACAACCCCAUGAUUGAUCGUUAUCAAGAAAUGCAAUCUUCAUAUGUUCACGAGAGACGUCAAGUUGACUUAAUCGAGCACUUGUGGGAGAUGAAAGGCAAUCACACUAGAUGA